UCAGCCUUGGUGCGUGGCGACCGCAGUGCAGAGCCACCACUGAACGCGACUGCUGCAGUGCCAGCGCCCAGCGUGCACAGGGCCUCAGCACCCACCCUCUGCACCUGUCGCGGGGUCCAAAAGAGAGCCUGCAAAAAUGAGCCACUCUCACCCCUCUGGAUUACUUUCAGCAUAUAAUAGUCUUACUGACAAACAUCUGGCUGGAUAUUUUAACAACACAAGAAUAAAACGCCACCUCUUAAGAUCAGGGCUGAUCACAAGAAGUGGAAGAAUACUUUCUGAAAAAGAAUACAAGCUAAAUAUUAUGAAGCGGGAUCACCAAAAAUAUAUCCGCGAGUGCUUAGCACAGGCAAUUUUCCAUAAGGUUCUUGAUAUGGAGCGUUACCAGAAGCUUGAAAUAAAGAAAAAGCUGGAGACCUUAGCUAGGAAGGAACAAAUUCAGAGAUUUAAGGGAGAACACACGAGAUGGCCUGUAGAAAAGAAAAUGCCAAUUUUGUCUCCCCACCCACCAGUUGGCCCUAAGACUAGCCGUGGUCAUAGUGUUCUGAUUGAUGAAGGACAUUCCAGUCCAUUAGCACCGACAGCCCCACGACCAUAUACUGCCCCCGGAAAUAUGCAGCCUCCAAUUCGACUACAGCCUCUUCCCACUAAUCCUGCAGUAAGAACUGUUCCAAAGAUAACUUCGGGGUCCAGAUCAAAAAUCUUAUUGAUGGAAAAUGAAGCUGCAUUUCCCAUUGGGGGCAAGAAAGCAAUGAUGAAACUCAGGUACUCCAUGAACCAUCCACAGGGAAUGAAUUCAUAUCUACUUCCAAAUAAUAACAGCUAUUUCAUAUCUAUUCCUCCUCGACCUCCUACCAUGAGUGCAAAAAGCACAAAAGAAAAUCGACCUGAGACGUGGAGAAGGAGAAGAUUGCGUCCAAGUACUGCUCCAACUGGCAUAGACCCUCUCUUUAACAAGGAAUCGAGAAAUAUUUAUAAACCAUCACCCCAUAGCAAUGCAGCUGUUACAAUGGUCUACUUGGGGAAAAAUGUGCGCCUAGCUUAUGAUCACCAAGACUUUCCUGAUGAAAUAAAAGUUUAUCAGCAACAUUGUGGUGGAGAAAACCUUUGUGUCUACAAAGGCAAACUACUUGAAAAUGAAACCUUUCAGUUUAUUUCCAAAAGGCACCAUGGUUUCCCCUUCAGUCUCACCUUUUUCCUGAAUGGGAUGCAAGUGAACAGGUUAAGCUCCUGCUGUGAAUAUAAGCAUCGAAACGGUUCCAGACUAGGAGGCAAGCGAGGCUACUUUGGGUUUGUCUGUGUCGAGAGAUCAUCUCCUUGUUACAAGUGCAUUAUUGCAAUGGGCCUUGACAAAAAACCAACUCCAUCAAAGCCUAGGAAAGAAAAGAGUAUUGAAAAACAAGAGGAACUGAGGAAGAAUGAAGGGAAACUAAGGAAAGACAGAACAUAUAGGACACCUAGAAGGAAUGAGAUGGAGAAGAACAAGACCUCUGCUUCAGCCGGUUUUUCAGCUCAAGAAGAAACCAGCCUGAGAGAAGUGAGAACUGCUGUGGAAGAACUGGAAUGCAAAGGGAAACCAGGACAUGAUGUUUGGGAAGAUUACCAGGAAAAUGUAUUGAAAUAUGAAUAUGAAGAAGAUUUUGAAGUAGAUGAGGAGAAACAAGAUGAGAAAGCUAAUGAAGGAGGACAGGCUGAUGAUCAAAUAAAAAGAAUGUCAAAGUCACCCUCAGAUGAUGAAAAAGAUAAUUUAGACCCUGGAAAGAAUAGUAAAACCUCAUCAAAGAAGGUACCAGAUGCUGAUGACAAUGUGAAAGAUGAAGAUGAUGGAUGCUCUGAGAGUGAAUUGGAAGAUGAAAAGCAAGAUAUAAACAUGACUUCGUCCUCCUCAUCCAGAAGUCAACAGUAUUCUUGCAGCAGUGAAGAUGAGGCUACACUAGGGGACAAGCAUGCUCAUGGUAAAAAUUGUACUAGUGCAAGCACCAGAAGUUCACUUUCUCAGGAUCUGAGUGAAAAUGACAGGCCAAAAAAAUCUUGCCAUCUAGUUGAAGAUUCCCUAGAAACUGAAAUUAAAUACCAGAAAACCAUGCAAGCAGGUUCAAAGAUGAAACCUCUGGGGCUAGAGCAGAGCUUGGAAGAUUUUCUUAAAGAAAAAUCAGAAAGAAGAACCCAAGUGACAACAAAGAGCUUAGCUGAAAAUUUGGGGAGACAUCUUUCCAAGGAAGAAAAAGAAGAGAAGAAGAGUAAGCUUUGGGGAAGAAGCACUGAUAAGGUGAAGGACAAAAAGGCAGGUUUUUCUAGGGCAGUGCAAGGUGUUGGAAAGCUAACAGAUGAUGCCUUGGAACCUGAUCACAACUGCCAUGAAGACUCUGAGUCUGCAGUUAGUCACACAGAUGACAAAGAGAAGCACUCAAAGAAGCCAGAGAUUGACAGAAGUUCAGAAACAAAUCGGAAUUUAGAUGUGGAAGAAAGAGCAGCAUACAGUCCAAGCAAGGAACCCAAUCAGGGUACACCAGAAAUGCAUACACAGGAGAAGAAGGAAGCAGCAGCAGAAGAUGCAGUGCCUCAGCAUGGGGGCCAUGCAGAUACAGUAGAGGAAAAGGGGAAUGCAUCACUGCAGGAAGAAGAAGGGUUUGAGGAGGCUUCUCUGAGAGAGCAGAAGCCAACAGCAGAGCAGCCAGACUUACAACAGUUUGAAAUCGAAAGAGAAACCCCUCUGGGUGCAGUAAAUGGGGCUGAAGAAGAAUGGAAUGGAAAGCUGGGGAACGAGGGAUUAAACUCCAUGGAAAAUGACACAGCAAAAGAUUCUGGAGAUCUGAAUGAGGAGGAGUCUUCCAAAGAGCUUGAUUUGAUACAAACAGUAUUUGAGACAGACGGAGUAGGUCCUGAAGGGGAAGUGGGUUUAGGGUUGGAGGGGCUUACAAACAUGACAACAGCUCUGAACUCUGAUUCCUUUCAGGAAACAGAGGCACUAGAGAUGGAAGAGACUGAGAAAGAGAUGACUGUUAGGGAGGCAACACCCAAAACAGCAGAUGGGGAGGAUAAUGAACAGGAAGCAUCCAUAGACUUAGAGGGCAAGGAAACUGUGGUAAACAUUGCAUCCAGGAGACAGGAUGGGUCAGAAAAAGCCGUAGUUGGGGAAGAAGUACCCAAAGAGGGGGAGAAAGUUAUGGGAAUGGAAACACCUUUGAGCACCUCAGCUUCUGAGAAAGCAGAGAAAAUCCAGGUGGGUGUUUCAGAGGACAGCUUCGAGGAACUCUCUAAGGAAGACAUGGAAAGGGAGGAGGAUGAAAUGGAAGCAGAAUAUAAUACGGAAGAUGAGAGAAAGGAAAUGUUACCUGAGGAACUAGAUGCAGUGAAAAAGAGGAGGAAAACUGAGAUGCUAACAACACCUCCCAGGGAAUCUGAAUCUGAAAGAGCAGAACUAACAAGGGCAAAUACAUGUCAGGUUGAUGACACUUUAGAAGCAGAGCAAAAGUUUAAUGAGAAAGAGACGGCAAUACUGAAGCAGGUAAGAUCUGAGGAGACACAAGCUCUUCAAAAUAAGAUGGAAUAUGAUUUUAAGAAUAACGUGCCUAUUGCAGCAUCAGAAUUGAUUGAAGGCUUAGAGCCACAUGGAGAGAAUACCCUGAGUGAAAGAAAGGUGGCCAUUUUUGAAGCAGUACCUGAAUUUGAAAAGUCACUGGAAAAUAAAACAUCUCUGAGGAAAGAGGAAGCAGAAGAAAGACUGAAGGAAAACGAAGACACAGAACAUAUAAAUGGCUCAGAGCUGCUUCUCAGGGAGAAUGUGCAACUGUCAGAGAAGGAUGAGGGUUCAGGCACAGAGAAAGACCUUGUGUUAAGCGUUGACAAGGAGCCAGCAAGAAAGGCAGAGGCACCUGAGGACACAGACACAGACCAGGGCCAAGACUAUGCAGCCAAAGAUGAAGAUGACCUCACAGGACUACAGGGGCAUUUUAAAGAGCAACAAAGAGUGGGGAUCACAGUGGAGACCCAAGAAGGUAUUCCUGAGGGAGAGUCCAUGAUGGUAAGGGAGUUGAGUGAAGAAGCCAUAUUUGAGACCUCAGAGGUGGAAAUGAAUAAAGAGGGAACAGGAGUGAUAAAGAUUACAAACACAGAGGCGGACAAGAACUUCCCCCAAGUUGUUCCUGAGGAAAAUUUCCACCCAGUAGAAGCUGUCACAGCAACAGGAACAGCCACAGAGAAGGGAGAAGGGUUGGCAGACUUGAAGACAGCUGAGGAGAAAACAAAGGCAAAUAAAGCCUCUUCCUUUUCAGAUGUUGCUGAGGAGGAAACUUGGCACAAAGUGGAUGAGUUAUUAGGAAAAACAGCAGCUGCAGCAGAGGUAGCAGUAGAGGAAAUAGCACGGAGUGGGGAGGAGGUGCCAGCGGAGGAGGAAGUGACUGUGAAUUGGCCACCAGAGACUGGGGUGGGGAGGCUGGGAGAACUUUUAGAUCCUGAAGGACAAGCCUCACAGCUUGGACAGGACCAAGAAAAGGGGGAAGUUGAGACUAUGCAGGAGACAGGGCCAGCAGGAAAGAAGGCAAAAACAGGGAACCAGGAUGGGAGGUUUGAGACAGGAGAAGCUGAAGACUUUAAACUGGAAUUUUACCAAGAAAUAGAGUCAGGGCUGAUUAGUACUAGUCUACAAGAGGGGGAAACACUUCCCUUUAAUAGCUAUUGUACUGGAACAGGAGAAAAGCAAGAGCAUAGAGAAGACCAAGUACAAAGGGAAAAUGUGAACACAGAUGUUUCCCUGUAUGACAGGAAGGCCUAAGAGACUUCCUGGCAGAAGGGUAUCUUAAAGAUGCCAUCUGGAAGAUUUAGAGAGUGAAGAGAUUCACCGAACCAUCCAGGAGGAAAACUGACUUUAGUUUUAUUUAUUUAUUUUUAAAUUAUGCUUGUCUUUUUUCUAAACUGUCAGUGCUGAUCAGUAGCACAGUGAAAAUAAUGAGAAUAAAUGAAUGAGUCUGCAGGAACCUCCUUAUAAAUAGUGGUUCCCAAUGGAUAACACAGAAACCAUUCAUGUAACCAGCAAAGCUCAAUGUCUACGUACAGAACAAAUUUGGUAGGCUUUUAUGAAAGGUCAUCAGAAUGCCCAGUCCUGAUCUUGAGAAUUUAUUUACAACCAAACAUUUAAUCUAAAUUUCAUUUAUGAUAAUUUCACUUAAAAUCUGUGGCCUGGGGGUUUUAAUGGUGUGAUCUGUGAAAGGUCUUCCUAUGUACAAUCAAUACAAAUGAUUGCUCUUAGCCUGGUAAAUCCUUUUAGAAAAAGAUACCACAAUAUUUGUAUUUAUACUUAAAAAUUCACUACAAUGGUCUGGGAAGUGGUGCAGUGGGUAAAGUAUUGGUCUCUCAAGCAGGGGAUUCUGAGUUUCAUCCCUGGCAUUUCAUGUGCCAGAAUAAUGCUGUGUUUUUUUUUUUUCCCUUCUCUCCCCUAACUCUCAUAAAUAAAUAAUGUUUAAGGGUUCACUAUUUCAAUUUAUGUGAAUAAGAAGAGUAAGGUGGAACCUUUAUAUUCAUAUUCUCUUUCGGUUUGUGUAUGUGUGUGUUUCCAUAGUUUUGUUUUCUGAGGGAGAUUAAUAAGUGCUUGUAGCCUUUUGUCCUCAGGUAUCUUACUGAGUAGGGACACUCAGAUUCAAAGGAGUAAAUAAUUCAGCUAAGUGAAAUGAGUAACAAUAUAAAUGGUAAACUCUGCACACCAGCACACACACACACAUAACAUUCUAGACUUUGGUUGGUCAUUCAGUGAAAAAGAAACUUGGGUUAAAUUAAUGUGCUAUUCACCUUCCCAAGUUCUGUUAUUUCAAACCUGUGAACUAACCUUGCAGUAUAUUGUACAUUAACAUCUACAAUUACUUUCUUUUUAUUUUAUUUUUAUUUAUAAAAAGGAAACACUGACAAAAACCAUAAGAUAAGAGGGGUACAACUCCACACAAUUCCCACCACCAGCACUCUGUAUCCC